AUGUCGACAAGGCCAACUACCCCUGGUACGGGGAGCCAAGGUACGAGCAUCGCAGAGGAUUAUGUCGGUGUCAUCAAGGCGGGUCCACUCCAACCGGAUGCUCCCAUCCUCAAGUCGAAGAAAGGGUACCUUGUCUUGACCCCUGUAGCUCUCAUGAAAUUCAAGAACAAGUCUGUGGCAUCGGAACAAUUUCCUCAGCUAUCUAUUCCCCGGAGCGCCACCGAGGCCUUGUCAUCGACUACCGAAUCUAUCGGGUCGGUCAAAGACCUCGGCAUAGGUGCCGAUGUUAUCGUCCCGCUGGACAAAAUCGUCGCCGUGCACAAGGACGAAGGCAUCAAACCAUCUUUCGGCAUCGAAGUUUGGUGGAGAGACCCCAUGGUAGAACCUUCGUUUGGGAUGUUCGAGGUCUACUUCGGUUUGCCCGAAGACCGAGAUGACUGGUUGAAGCAAACUCAAGCUGCACUUAGACAACGGACCCGGGCCCUCGCAGAAGAGCGGAUUCCGACCCGCGUCGAAUCAGACCUGAAUCUCAUUCACGAGAUCAGAAACCCUCAGCAGAAGGGGACUCGUCUGGACAUUUUCCCCAUGAUCCCGAGGCGGCCAUAUACACGGCAACGGUACAGUUCAGUGGGGGCUAGGAAAGGAUGGAGGGACGGCUCAGCGUUCUACCUAGCUUUCAGCAAAAAUACCUGUAUGGUGGCCCAGUUCACCACGUCUCCAAGUGGCCAACGCGUAAACCCUAAUAUUGUCCAGUUUGGCCUGGUCACACUAUCGAAAGUAAAUGGCAGUUUGAACGACCAGAGAUUUGACCUCUUAUUCCGGCUUCCUCUGGAUAAGCCGAAAAAGCUCGAGCUUUCAAGCAAACACCACCGUAGUAUCAUAUCAAGACUCUUCAAGGCCGAUACCUUCUUGAAGCCGGCCUGGCCGCUCUGGACGCGCCGAGAAGUCUUCUUCAUCGAUGGCGAAUCACAACAAAUCCAUCUCCCUGCGGGCGAGGACUAUGGGGGCUUCAAGAGAACCCUAGAGGCAUUCCUUCAGGGCUAUAAUUGCGCGUGUGUGAAUUGGAAAGUGAACUGGAAAGGGGUCAAGUACCCACCAGAGUUCCGCCUUUUACCUCCUACGACAGCAAAAUACACGGCACAUCAAUUCCUAGCGGUAUUUCGUGCGCUUCGGUUCAACGACUACUUUAAGUCACUAUCCUUCCGGGAUGUAGAUUUCUCGCCCCUUGCUGGAAAAUACGAUAACUCGGAACGGCUUGAGCCAACCGCAUGGCUCUCUCGGACGGGCAAGCGCAGUCUAACUCGGGAUGAGUUUGAAUUUGUGGAAAAAUCAUCGGUCUUGUUCCAGGAGAUCGCAUCUUUGAUGCUUGGAUCCGAGUCAGUGAAGCAUCUUGAUCUUGGUGGCGUAUUAAGUACAGUUUCCGCUCACACAACACCAUCUGGUGGUUCAUCUCUUGGGCACCAAGGAUGCGAGAUUGUACCGCCUAUUGUCCUUCUCUUAAGAUCAUUGCAGUCUCGGUGUCGAUCGAUCGUUUUAAGCAGGAACACGCUGAGCACCAAGGACGUAUCCUCCGUCAGUCGGACUCUGCAGAACCUUCCUGGGACCAUGAAAUGCCUCGGAUUUUCCCGCUGUCGCCUUGAUGAGGCGGCGCUUGUUUCAUUGUGGGCUGGCAUCCACGAGCAGCGGUCUAAUCUCGAGGUUCUAGAGCUAGGCGAUAAUGCGGGUCUCCUCGAUGCUGCCACGGUCGCGCAAACGUUACGACAAGCCACCAAGCUUCGAAGGUUAGACCUUUCACACGCCCUGAAGGGAAUUUUGGACGGGCCUCUGUUUCGGCCGUGGACCAACUCUCCAUAUAUAGAUGCAUGGCGAUUGGAGGAGAUCAAUCUCUCUGGGUGGAAGGUCAACUUUGACACUAUUUCUGGAUUGCUGAGAUAUAUGGAACUUGAUGAGUCGAAAUGCCUCCACCAGCUGGUCCUGAACAACUGCGGCAUAUCUGGAGAAGUUGCAACGGCCAUAUUCUGCAGACUAGGUAUGGGCCGAGAUAUGCAUCUGCAUCUUAAUGGGAACCACUUAGAAGAAGGCUCCAUCGACUGGAUCGACCUCAUUCACGGUAACGAGGCGCCGAGGAUGCUUCACCUCGACAUGAUACAGUUCAAGCACGAAUCAAGUUUCAAUCAGCUUUUGACAGCACUUACAUACAACACAACCAUUGAGUUCCUCAGCAUGGUUGGCACAGGACCACCUGCUAGUGCUAGCUCCAAGACUUCCCAGCUAUUAUCCAAGUUCUUCGAGAACAACUCGACAUUGCAGUUCCUCGAUUUGUCUGGAUACAGUGGUAAGCUCGAAGAGAGCCACAUAGGCUGGGGUCUCGCCGGGGCGCUGGGCGGAUUGAAACGCAACCACUCUCUACGCCAACUCCGGAUCCGCAACCAAGACAUUGGCACUGCCAAGGACGUGACCGAACUCUGUCGCGUGAUUGCAGGCAACCAAGAACUGGCUAUGUUCGACAUACAAAAUAACAAUUUCAACCACCACCAAUUCGCCAAGCUUGUCCACGCACUCGAAUUCAACCACCGGUUGAUCUCCUUCCCCAUCUCUCAAGCUGACCGCGACUACGCCUUGGACGACGAAAGACGGAUCUUUAGGAAGAACUCGAAGCAUUCCAAAGGGUCAUUAUCAAAAGCCGAAGAAGUCCGCGUAAAUGGCUUGCUGGAGUGGCUCAGGGGUCACUGGGAGUCAGAGGCCAACAAGGCAACCGACUUCUUAACUAGAAAUAAGGACGACCCCGCCAACCGCCCGCUGGAGCUCGACGCCGAGUGCCUUGAAGCUUGGGAAGACGACAGUCUCCCCUCGUGGAUAGUCGCGAAGCCCAGUGCUCGCGACAUGAUGAGGGAGACGGAUAGUCUGUACUCGCGGGACUCGAGGGCGGAGACUUUAAGGCCCAACUCGGUCAGCAGCGUGCCUGCGGGUCCGACCACGGGACCUGUCAAUGCGGGUGCGCGGCGGACUUAUGGCGGUGCUGAAGCGGCUGUCAUGCAGACUUCCAUUAUUGAGGAGGAAGGGACGAUGACUAUGUCGGCUUAUAGUGUUUCCCAUGUGGAUAGGACCCCGGUGGAUGGGGGGGAGUUUGAUAGACGGGGAGAAGAUGGCGUCGUCGGUAGAGUUUCCGAAGAUGAUGGAUAA